GUUGCGAGUAAGGGGGCGUUACUGUCGAGAGCUUGCACCAAGAUGGCAGACAGCGAGUGGUUUAGAUGCGGCUACGGUACAAAUUAUAAUUGAAACGUUUGAUAUUCAAGCGAUUAAUGAGUUUAUAAAUUGGCAAUAAUAAAAUGGAAAAUCAAAAUAUGCAAUUUUAAUAGUUGAAAAUGAAUUGCCAUCAGAUCUUAACAGGAGCAGUAAAUUCAGGAGAUCAUUGUUCUGAAGUAGGAAGCGUCCAAGGAAUUCCAUUUACUGCAUAUGCUGCUGGAUGUAAUAUUGUGAUAUUAGCUAGUGAUUUUCAACGGAUUCAAAUUAUACCUGGUAUUUGUCAUGGGAAUGUCCAAGUUGGAUGCCUGGAUUGUUCAACAGAUCUUGGAAAAAUUGCUGCUGCAUAUGGAAGACAAAUUUGUAUAUAUGAACCAACUCCAUUAUUAAAUGAAAAUUCAUCUCAUCGUUUAGAUUAUAGAUGGGUGCAGACAGCAACAUUUGAGUCUGAUUGCUAUAUCCAUGUAUUGUCUUGGAAUCAAGAUGGUAGUAAAUUAUUAACAGCUGGAGAAUAUAUUCAAAUGUGGCAUUUAUCAACACAAACAGAGGAUGUAAUCCAAGAAGAAAUAAAUUUUCAAGUAAAUGAUUCAGAUCAGCCUACAUUUGAUUUUGAAGAACAAUCUAAAUGGAACUGCAUUUGGAAAUGCAAAACAGCUCAACCAGUAAAUUUAUUGAAGUUCUCUCCAGAUGGUUCGUUAUUUGCUUCUGUUGGUAAAACAGAUAGAUUGGUUAAAGUUUGGUAUGAAAGCAGAAAAGGAAUGUUUACAUCUCAAAUGGUUCGGUCAUCAUCAAUAUUAAAUGAUGUUAGUUAUACUUUUAUAUAUCUUGCUCAUCCAAGAGCAGUAACUGGUUUUUCAUGGAGAAAAACAAGUAAAUACAUGCCAAGGGAAAGUGUUGCUAAUAUGCUAAUUACAUCAUGUCGAGAUAAUACAUGUAGAUUAUGGGUUCAAACGCUUCUUACAGAAGAAGGUAAAACUGAUAUUCAGCAUACUGAAACUGUUACUGCUAAUAACUCAAAACGCCAAUCACAUAGGCACCGCAGAGGUAUUAUGCAGCAGCUAAAACAUAUUAAAUCUUUCAGUCAAUAUAAACGAAGGCAAGCAUCUCAGUUUACUGAAGAUAAACAUGAAACUAUACCUACUCUUCCUAGUACAUACAGUGUUCAUGAUUUUCAUAGUUUUGGAUUACAUGGUUCCAAUAUUACUCCUGGUGUACAUUUUCAUUUAGCAGCAAGCAUUAAUGCUGAAACAGACAUUCCUUUAGUUCCAACGAUGCUUGGAAUUAGCAGCAAUACUGAGCCAAAUUUUGUAUUACAUUGGUUAAAUAAUAAAGAGAUGACUUUCACUGUAGCAGCAGAACAGUUAAUACAAGAAAUUAGCCAAAAAGUUUUAAAUGGUGAUGUGGAUAUAGCAGAUAAUGGCCAUUCAGAUGCAGAAACAUUUCCAGAUAAUGUUAAACAUAUUUAUUAUAAAAACAAUAAAAAUAAAAUGAAGAGUUCAAAAUUAGACUGCCAAGAAAGUUUUGAUGAUGACAUUAGUAAACAAAGUGGCUCCGGAGGAUCAUCAUCAGCUUCACUUGCAACCGAUGCUACUCAAUCCAAUAUUCAGCUUCCUUCAGGAGAUACACUAGAAAGAAAAUUUGAUAUGCUUAUUAGAAAUUGGCAUCAAAAUCCUGAUAUACUUUUUAGUAUUCAUCCAAUUGAUGGAAGUCUACUUGUUUGGUUUGUAUAUUAUUUAGAUGAAUAUAAUGCUGGAACUUUUAGACAAGCUCAAGUUAAUUUUUCUCUUCGUAAAGUAAAUGUUAUACCAUUAUUUGAUGCAGCAACAAUGUCACAUCAAAUUCAUAUUUAUCUUCCUCAUUGUAAAUUAAAUUUAUGCCCUACAAAAACUUCAAGUGCAAAAGAUACAGAAAAGUCAAAUUCUGUUGAACAUACAUUACAUGAAGAAAGCAAUGAUUUUGAGAUGGAUUCAAAAGAUAUUGUAAAAUCUUCAUCUGUUUCAAUUGUUCAAAAUCAACCAACACCUACUGUUUGUAUGAUUUCUAAACAUAAUAAUGGUAGUUUUAAUUUAUGGCAUUUAACAUUUGGAGAAAAUUCAAGUUUUACUCAGGUAUUGACAAUUAGUCAUGCAGCUAGAGUUUGUGGGCAUCGCUUUCGAAUUAAUGAUAUCACCUGCCAUCCUGUUUUGCCUUUACUUUUAACUACUUCACAUCAUAAUCUACCUGGCCAAAGUUCUGUACCAGUUUCUCUUGAAAAUCAACCAGCAGGUUCCUGUUGUUUCAGCAGCUCAUUGCCAAGUGGUUUCUGUAGUGAAUUAAUUUUAUGGAAAGUAGAUGCAGUGGGUCCUCUCUCAAAAUCUGGUGGAAUCACUGAAUUGGCUAGACUUAAUUCUCCUAAAAUAUCUGCUUUUGCUAAUGUGGCAUGGAUUCCUACCUUACUUCCUAGUACAACAUUAGGUGGAAUUUCUAAUUCUCCAAGUGCCUGUUUUGUAGCAUCAGACGGCCAUCAAUUAAGAGUUUAUCAAGCUGUUAUUGAUGCUAGAACUUUAUUAGCUGAAAUGUCAUCUGCCAAAAGAAAAAAAACUGAAUUUGAUAUGAGUAUGUCUAGUAGCACUUCAUCAGAAUUAGGUUAUAGACAAUUAAGUUUACAUGAUACAUUUAAAAUUGUUAGCCUUCAGUCUGCUGCACAUCCAGGUUGCAUUAUUGAAUUGGAUGCAAUUUCCGAUGCAACACAUGACUGGAAAAACACUCAGCUAUUACAUAUAUUUCAAGAACAAUUAAUAACAGGAUACAAAUCACCAUUGAAAAUGCAUGUUGAUGAUGAAAGCCAAAAAAUGGGUUUAUUUGAACCUGAUCUUCAGGCAGUUGUUGAUUUAAGACAUAGUUCAGUAUUUGAAGAACCAUUUUAUUUAGUAGUUUUAGAAAAGGAAGAAAAUGGAGAUUCAGUACUACAUAUGUGGAGAAUAUUAAUUUCUUCUCAGUUUGGGCAGGAUGACCAUGAUCCAGAAUUACCUUUAAUUCCUGAAAGUAAUUUAAUACAGGAUGAUAUUCAUUCAACUCAUUCUUCAAGAAGCAAUAGUCCUGAACCUGGAAAUGAUAACAUACAUUCAUCUUUGCAUGCUUCUCCACUUCAGAUAACAACUACUAAAAUAUGUCAACAAAUUUUACCAUUACCAUCUGAUGUGGAAGUUAUUCAUGCAACACCUGCAGCAGGACACCUUAGUUCUUCUAACAUUUAUCCAGCAUGUUUUGCUCCAUAUUUAUUAUGUACUGCUUGUUCUGAUGGAACUGUUAGAUUUUGGAAAUGUGAUAUUAAUAAUAAGGAAAAUGUAAAAGCAGAUUUAAAGAAAGAUCAUUAUGCAAAUAAAGAAUACACAUGGAUUGAAUGGGAGAUGAUGCUAAAUAGAAAAUCUAGUGCUGUUCAAGUUUCAGGUCAGCCAUUAUUCGUUAGUAGUGCUUAUAGUGGCCGACUUGCUUGUGCAUACAAAUGUGGAAGAUCAUUUAUGCGUCCUUCGUCGGAAAAUCCCGAAAAUCGUUAUGUUAACUUAUGCAUUUCUAUAUUUGAGUGUGAGUCAACUGGCGGAUCAGAGUGGAUAUUAGAAGACACAAUUCGUUUAAAAAAUGUUGUUUUGCCACAUAAAAAAAUGGAAAGUUCUUGGGAUCUUGCUGAGUUAGUUGAUGUAUCUGUUAGAAAUAGAAAAACUGUAGAUACACUAAGACAAAAAUUAACAUCCAGUGAUGAUUUUGAGAAUGAACAUGGUCCUUCAUUACAACAUAUAUUAUCUGUUCCUAGUUAUACUACACUUCAAACAUUACGUCAUGUAAUUUCUGAACAGGGAAAUCAAUGUCCUCUUACUCAAAAAUCUUUAGUACAGUUAGAUUGGGUUUCAACUGAGGAUGGUUCUCAUGUUCUUACAGUGGCAGUUGGAUCAAAAGUUUUAUUAUUUACACCUGUAUCAACAGAUAUAGCACAAGCAAAUGUUCAAGCAAUGAAAGCAUCAAAAUCAGCUAGUCGUCCUCUUCUUAAACAAGCUUCUUCUAUGGUGGCACCUCUGUUACAUGCUGAAGAGAUUAGAUGGAUGCGUAUCCGAACAACUCAUUUAAAAACUGCCGAUGGUUUAUUACCUCUUCCAAUGCAGAUCUCAUGGGUUCGAGAUGGUAUUUUGGUAGUUGGAAUGGAUAAUGAAAUGCACAUAUAUAGUCAGUGGAAACCCAUUUGUGAUGAUGUUGAAUCUCAAUGCGAAGAAAAAGAAGAAGUAGGAGUGGAUAGUAGAAAUUUGAAGGAACAAGAACUUUUGUCAAGAGCUCAAGAAGCAUCUCAACUUCGUUUACCAGCUACUGCUACAGGGAAUUUAUCACGUUCAACUUCUUACAAUAUUCUUACAGCUGGAGUAGAGGGAAAAAAGAAACGAGAAAACCAAUCUAAAUUUACUUCACCAAGAGAUAGUGUUGCAAGUUUGGGAUCCCUUCCUGAUUUUGGAAUAUUUGAAGCUAGUCGAUUAGCUUGUCCUGUGCUUCCUCAAUAUCAUCCAAAACAACUCAUGGAAAUGAUGAGUUUUGGCAAAAUAAGAAGAGUUAAAGCAAUUUUAAAUCAUUUAGUUCGUUGUUUAUCUGGGACUGAAAAUAUUAAGAAAACUUACCUUCAAGUUCCUGAAAGUAUAGAUAGAGAGAGUGAUUCUGAAAGUGGAGUGCGUUCAUGGUCUCGAUCAAGAGCUUUAUCUAUGGCUGCAACAGCAUCCCCCAAUACACACAGUCCUUUAGAUCCACAAGGAUCAAUUUCUGUUUUUCCUGAAGAAGUACAACUAGAUUAUGUUGAAAUUCAAUCAAUACCACCACUGCCUUUAUAUAUUCUUCUUGCUGCUGAUAAAGAAACACAUGGUUCUACUCCAUCUAAUAUAGAAACCAAUAAAUCACAUAAGGACUACAGUGGACUCUUUGAUAUUAAUGUCACUCAAAAAGAAGAAUCCCUUGAUGAUAUUCUUGGUGAUAAACUUCAGUUAAGUGCAAGACGAGAAAUGUCUCAUUCUACAAAGACUCAAAAAUCAACUCUUACACAGUUUGGUCCUAGGCAGGCUCAUCUCCUCACCAGAUUAUUAACACAUUCCCAUCUUCCUGGUUUAUCUAGUUUAGAUCAGAUGCACUUAUUGGCUUUAGCAGAUACAGUGUCUUCAUUUAAUGUUACUUUUUCUGAUCAAUUUCAUGCCGAAUCAGAUGGUCCAAAACAGUUAGUUAAUAAACAAGAUAAUGCUUUUGAAAUAACCACAGAUGCUCUUGAUGAUUGUGGCUUGAGAUAUCUUUUGGCUGUUAGACAUCAUACUUAUCUCAUGCGAUGUCUUCCUCUUGUUCAGCGUGCUCAACUUCAGAAGAAAGGUCUAGGUACUCACAGUAUUGUAUGUGCUUUCCAUUCUGAAACACAAGAAGAAUUAUUACAGUUAAUUCCAACUGUUCAGCGAGGUAAUCCCCGCUGGAGUGAAUUAAAGGAGAUUGGAAUAGGCUGGUGGAUUCGUAGUAAUACUGUCCUUCGUAGAAUUAUGGAAAAGGUUGCCAAAGCUGCAUUUCAGUUCAAAAGUGAACCAUUGGAUGCUGCUCUGUUUUACUUGGCUAUGAAAAAGAAAAAUGUAGUUUGGGGCUUAUUUAGGUCAGUAAGUGAUACUAAGAUGACUGCUUUCUUCCAACACAACUUCAGUGAAAAUAAAUGGCGUAAAGCAGCUUUAAAGAAUGCCUUUGCACUUUUAGGUAAACAAAGAUUUCAUCAUGCAGCAGCAUUUUUUCUAUUAGCAGGUGCCCUGAAAGAUGCUGUGGAUGUAUGUUUAUCUAAACUUGAUGAUUUUCAGUUGGCAAUGAUAAUUAUUAGACUUUAUGAAGGAGAUUUGGAUUCCAACACUAACAGUUUACGUUCAUUACUAUUUAAAGAAAUACUUGGGUAUGAUGCUGAUGGAACUAAUUAUCAACCUUCUUGUGCACAUCCUGAUCCAUUUUUGCGUAGUAUGGCACAUUGGAUGUUACAAGAUUACAAUGGUGCAUUAAAAACACUUCUAUUAUCAAUAACAGAUGUAGGCUCAUUGCAUCCAAAGUUUGUCUCAUCAGAUGAUAUGAAAUCUUCUGGAGAUGAUGCAACAGCUAAUCCAAGUGUGUUUAAUUUCUACUUAUUUCUUCGAACACAUCCUUUAGUUGUUCGUCGACAAUUUGCUCAAAUUGCAGAAGAAAAACGAAAAUCUGAUAAAAGUAUUAAUAAAAAACUUGAAAGUAAUUUAAAGUUAACAAUUCAGGGAAAAUUUGAAGAUGCCAUUACACCAUUAGAGAGACGUUUGUUUUUUACUACAGCUCAUGCACAUUUCCGUGCAGGUUGUCCAGCACUAGCUUUAGAAGUUUUAUCACGCCUACCUAAUCAUGUUUUGGUAGACUCAGAUUUUUCACCAAGUGCUGAUAUUAAUAGUCCUAUUUCAUUUUCUACUAUUGUUAAUAGUGUAAAUAAUACAGUUCAAACAAGCAUAAUAAGUAAUACUGGAACUUCUAAUAAAGUUGAAGAUUUUGAUUGGAGUCAGCCCAUAAGCUCACAAAAUGUCUCAGAUUCAGCACUUGCAUUUGAUUGGAGUACACCUUUAGCUUUAUCUUCAACUAAAGAUGAAGAGCCAGAUUUCAGAAUUGAUGAUGGUUCUGAAGAAGAAAUGGGAAUUGAAAUGAAAACUCAUCAGGAAGAAGAAGCAGAAGAAGAAAAUGUAAAGGUUGAAGAAAAAAAUAAUGAAGCAAAGUUGGAUAUUAUGGCUCAACAACUGAAAUUUAUUGCAUGUUUAAAAAUUAUGAUGGAAGAAUUAAGUACCUUAGCAACAGGUUUUGAAGUGGAUGGAGGACAGUUACGUUAUCAGUUGUACAUAUGGUUAGAAAGUAGUGUGAGUGCCCUUCGUGACUUGUGUAAUUAUGGAUCAGCACAUUCAACUACUACUUAUACAGUGGAAGGAUCAAUAAGUACUUCAAUGGAGGAAAGUGAAAUCACAAGAGAAAGACUUGGAUCAGCUAGUUUCCGUUUUGAAAAUUCAGAUAUUCAGAGAGAGAGACUUCCCACAUUACAUGAAAUUCUUUUAUCAGAUAAAUUAGAUUUUGAAGCUAAGCUUCAUAAAGCAACACAUCGAAAACAGUGGCUUAAAGCAAAUGAAAGUCUUAUACGUACUUUGUUAGGUUAUUGCAGUUUGCAUGGUGCACAUGGAGGAGGGCUAGCAGCAGUUAGAAUGGAAUUAAUUUUAUUUUUACAAGAAUUACAACAAGAAAGAUCUCAACAGCAAUUAUUAUCUCCCCUCCCUUUUUUAACUACUUUACCUCUUCUUGCUGCAAGUGUUGCAAGCCAAAAAAUUGUAAUUGGAGAUCCUAUAUAUCAUCUUCAGGCAAUGACUCAUGAUAUUCUUUUGACUAUUAUGGAAAUUGCUAUGCCUCCAUUUAUGACGAGCACUUCUUAUUCCAAAGUUUGUAUAUUACGAGAUUUAAGUACUUCAUUAUCAGCUUGUAUAUAUCAAUCAUUAUGUGAUAGUGACAAUUUCGUUGUAAAACAAAACAAUGGAAGAAAUUUGGCAAUGGAAAAUUUUAUAAGUUCUAGUGUUGUAUAUCAGAAUAGUCAUUUACUAGCAGGCCAUAUCCGUCGACAUAGAUUCAGUAGUGGAGAAGAAAGGCUCGCUCCGUCCACUCAGCCUAGCAAAUGGCCAGGUGUACAUUCUUUACGUGCUUUAAUGGCUCGAGAUAAAGAUGAAGAUUCUCCAAAGCUUCACACACUUUUAUGUGAAGCAUAUAUUGCGACAUACCUCAGUCAAUUAACUUAUGCAUUAGCUACCUGUGAUUGCCACAUUUUAUAUAGACUAGUUAGCCAAAAUUUUACAGAGAAAACAUGGGGAAUGUUGUUUGGUGGUGGAGCCAAACGUUUACUUCAUGUUGCAACUGCAGUACCUCAAAUAACACAGUCCAGUACAGAAAAAGAGAGUCCUUCUGGAGAAUCCGGGCUUCUAAAUUCGUUGUAUAAACAAAGAAUGAAAUUGCAUAUGAAAUUAUUAAGUCAGUUGAAUCCUGAAACUUCACAAUCUGUAAUUAAAGAAGAUAGACCUACAUACAGAGAGCAAUUUGUUUCUCCAGAAAUGUCAAUGAUGUCUUGUUUCAUGUCAAAGCCACAAUUAUCAUCAGAAUGGAAUAUAUUAGAUUAUGACUCCAGUGAUUCUAUACCAAGUGAUGAUGAUGAUUUAAAAGAUGAUGAUGGAGUUGAUGAUGAUGUAUUUGGAGAAAAUCAAAUAGAUAAAAAUACCACAAGUGCUACAAUUAAAAAACCAAAAAUGUCUGAAACUAUAGAACAACUUGAUCCAUCUUCAUAUAGUUGGGGUAUUCUGAGAUAUGCAAUUGUGAAAAUUACAUACCAUCAUCUUCUGAGUUUCUUAUGUAUUGGAGGAAUUGAACAAUCUGAUUUACCCAGUGUUAGUCCAAAAAUUCAUUCUGUGUUGAAAGUUAUGGAAAAAUGGUUACAGGUAUUAAAGGCAAAUAUGGAUGCAUUUGGCCAACCUCCUCCUAAUUACAUUCCAGGUUGCUAUAUUGAAAACAUUCCAAAAGGAGGUCCUGCUUUAUUGAAAUAUAAACAGUUACUGGAAUUACAUAAUACUCCAUUUCGAUCACAUUCUUCCUCUUUACCAGUAAAAAGAUUAUGGAAUUAUUUAGUGCGGCAGGAAAAAGUUCAAGAUAUUUUUAUUCGUUACAUAUUUCCAAGAAAAUUGCCACAUCUCCAACACUUGGAUGAAAUUCCAAGUCAAGAGUUAGAUUCUACAGAUACUUCAAUAUCAGAUCCUAUUAAAAUUAUACACAAAGAUCAAGACAGUAUAUCUGCCUUCUGCAUUAGUAAGUAUAAACCUUGGAUAAUAGCACUUUCCACACCAAAAGAAAUUCAAGAACUCGAUAUUUCUGUGUUACUGGAACCAUCUCCUUGGUUAGAAGAUGAAGCAGAAUAUGAUAUUUUAAAUAUUUCACAAUCAGCAGAAUCCCUUCCACCUUCUGAUUAUUUAGUUGUCCAUCAUCCUGCAGAUAAAUUAUCCUCUGGACAUGGACAAGGUUCAGUUGGAGGGUCAUCUUACAAUAGUCCUACUGGCCCUGCUCCAUCUCCAUUUGGUCCUCAGACAGGAAGACCCACAACAAUGAUGAAAGGUCAUCACUUCGCAGGAAGUUCUAAUCCACAAUUCUGUCAGUUUGUGCUUGAAAGAAGUCGCCAUAUGCUGAAACCGAUAAAAAGACAUAAAAUAGACGGUGUGAGAAGAAUGUGUUCUCAUCCAGUUCAGUCAUUUUAUCUUACAGGAUCUCAAGAUGGAUCAGUUCGUCUCUGGGAAUGGGAUCGACAACAGCCUUUAUCUUCUCCUAGGUCACCUGGAGCCUAUGCCAGAGUAACAAGAGUGUUGUUUAAUGCUCAGGGUAAUAAAUUUGGAGUUACAGAUGGAGAUGGUAAUUUAAGUCUUUGGCAAGCUAAUAUGAGUUGUAAACCAUUUUUUAGUGCUCGAUGUCAUGGUAAACAAGCAAGUGAUUUUAUAUUUGUGAAUUCUUCUAGUCUAAUAGCAACAGUAGGACACUCUUCAGAUAAUAAAAAUGUAUGUAUUUGGGAUACAUUACUACCACAAGGAAAAGCUUUAGUAAUAUCAUUUAAUUGUCAUGAUAAUGGUGGUUCUGCAGUGUUAUAUUCAAAACAGAAUCAAAUAUUGAUUACAGCAGGGAAGAAAGGUUUUGUGUGUAUAUUUGAUAUCAGGCAGAAUCAAAUGAUGCAUAGUUUUCAGGCUCACGAUUCUGCUAUUAAAUGCAUGACUUUGGAUCCUAUUGAAGAAUUUUUUGUUACAGGAGCAGCUGAUGGAGAUAUUAGAGUAUGGGGAUUACCACACUGUUCGAUGAUUUAUUCGUUUCCCGGCGAACACAUACGUAAUACUCUUUUCCGUAACAUCAGCAUGGGAGUCACGCAUCUGGACGUGGAUUCAUUCGGAAGACUCUUUUCUUGCGGUGCCGACGGUUCCAUGAAAUUAAGAAUUCUACCGGACCGCGAUCAAGUAGUGAACACGGUUUAUUAAACUUAUUUAUUUGUAAAUGACAGCCAAGAAAACAUUUUUGCAAUUAAAAUAUUGUAUAACUUAUGUUGUAUAUGUUGUAAAUUAUUUAAUCUGGAUUCUGUGCAACCAAAUUAUCAUAAAUUGUACAGGUUUUAUCAUAUUAUGAAAUUAAUUUGUAUGUAAGAUAAUGUUAAUAAGAUAGCAUUAGCAGAUUAUAUUUUACAAUGAUGAUAUGUUACAUUUUCCAGACAUUAGAAGAAAAUAUAUAUAUACAGUAUAUGUACAUUGUUUAAAUUUGACAUAUUAUUGUAGAAUACAUAUAGAUAUAUGAAUGUGAUCAGAGAGAUUUUCAAUUUAUAAGAACAAAUACUUUAUCGAUUGGUGCAUUCAACUUCCAAAAUAUUGUUCGACUAUAAGAAGCCGCUGUUUUUUAAAAUAAAUCACAUACUUUAUUUUAAAUGUAUCAGAUUAAUGCCAUUUCCUUUUUAUAUAUAAUUUAAAGAGAAUGCUGCAAGGAAAGAUAUGGACAAUUAUUGCAACACCAACAAGUGAUGUUUUUGCCUUAAAUUUAUUAAACUGUUAAUAUUUCAAACACGUUAAAAUGUUUAUAAUUUCUUUAUAAAUUUGAUAACCGAAGUGCAACGUUUUACUUCAGACGACUAUCAAUUAGAAAUAUAUAAUUUAUUAGUAACGUUAAUCGAAUUUUGUAAUAUUUACUAAUAUAUACAUAUAUAUGUGUGCGCUUAGAUACGGCAUCAUCAUAUAUGUAAUAACAUCGCUAACAGGAAAUUUAAUGCCGUCGUAGAGUUACCCGUUUUGGAAUAUUAAAUGUCGAAAAUAUUUUCAUUUUAAAAAACAGUGCUCUUUAUGUAUAUCAAAUUAUCCGAUUAAUAUCGAGAAUAACAAAUUCUGUGAAAACACCGCUGUAAGAUAAAAAUGAUACACGAGCAUACAUUUCUCGGUCGUGUGAUAAUAAAAAUCUGUUUUAAUUAUUCCUAUAUCAAAUGUAAUGAAUAUUAUGUAAUUUCUUGAAGAUAAUUUGUUGUCCAUUGAUCAAAGAAGACAUCAAUGGAAUGUGUUAAAUGUGGUUGUUUGUUUUAUGCAUCUGUUAAAUAAUGAGAGUGUAAGAAAAAGUUGCGGAGUAGUCUGUGGAGAUUCGGCGACCAUUUUGAAAUGUGUCAAAAUCAAAAAA